AUGGCAUCGACGAGGUCAAGGCGAAAUGUUGUUCCCAAUAUCAAAUCAGAGUUUGUUUACGACACAAUCACCACUCCCAUUGUGUCCAAUACGGUAAAUGCGGAUGAAAACGAGCACGAGUCUCCCGACAAUGCAACCAGCUCUGAGCCCCAAGAAGCUGAAACAACAUACACUUUGGUUCAGGAGGGGGAUACGAUCACUGCCUGGCAAACAGUGCCAGGUGAGGAAAACAUUGAAAUUUCAACGGUCGAUAGUGAAACGAUUGCAAAAGACGCUGAAUUAGCUAUUGCCGUUGUGGAUGAGAGCGACCCGAAUAAUAAUCAGGAAAAUGAUGUCAACAUGGGAGACCCGGAGUUUCCCUCGGAGUACACGCCAACUUAUAAAGCAAAGAAAGGACGGGUAAAUCCACCAAAAGAUGAAGAUCCUAGUUUGCGGCGGUUUCCCUGCCCAUUUGAGGGCUGCGGCUACAUUGCAAAGUAUCGGUCCAAUUUGUGGGAUCACAAAAAGACCCAUACCGGCGAAAAGCCCUACGUCUGCACUUGGCCCUCCUGUACUAUGCGCUUUUCUCAAACACACCAACUAAAGUUACACUUGCGCUCUCACACCGGAGAACGACCGUACAUUUGCACCUGGCCCGGCUGCAACUCUGCUUUUAGUCAAAAACCAGGACUAAAGUCUCACAUGUUGACCCACACUGGCGAGAAGCCGUUCAAGUGCGACUUUCCAGGCUGUGACUGGACUUUCCGUCUCAAAGGUGCACUGACUGACCAUAAGCGGGCGAUCCACGAGAACGCGAAGAAGCACGUUUGUGAGUGGCCUGGCUGCAACAAACGAUUCCUACAGCACUGUCACUUGAAGAAGCACAUUAUGGGCCAUGCUGACAUCAAACCGUACAGCUGUGACUGGCCCAACUGCAACUACAAGGCAGUCACAAUGGCUUACGUCACAAACCACCGAAAGACUCACACUGGCGAGAAAAACUACGAGUGCACCUAUCCGAAUUGCAACAAACGAUUCGUCAAGAGUAGCCAUGUCAACCGUCACCGACAGCGAUGCCACCCUGACCUCUUUGUGGACGGUGAAGACCUUCCUGAAGACAUGCACAGUGAGGGCGAUGAAGAGGACGAUGAUGAGGAACAGUAUGAGCAGGAAGAGGCCGCGGCUAGCACUCCUCGGCGCACUGCUCGGCGAAAUGCAAAGAAGGAUUCAGCCCCUCAAAUACUGUACAUGAAAGAGGAGGAAGGCGCGACUACCAUCUACAUCCAGUCAGAGGAGGUCGAAGAGGAAAUGGUGCACGAUGGCAAUGUGGCGCAGUUUAUCAACGGCUCGAUGGUCACUUCGGACACUGGCGAGCAGUUCAUCAUUUCCACCAAUGCCGAUUCGGGCGAUUUCCAAGCAACCCCAAUUAUGAUUGAGAUGAAGCAGGAGGGCAACGAGGAGGAGGUGGUUGAGAUGGCGGGCGAACACAGUAUUGUCAUUAACAAUGAAGAGCAUGACGGCGUUUCCGAGGAGCAGCACCAGCAGGUAGUGCAGCACGAAGUGGAAGCUGAACAGGCUGAUGAGCAACACUUUGAGAAUGGCGAAUACUAA